UUAGUUUAAACGCUCGUUCAUGAUUCUAUGUUGAUAAACUUGGUUAUAUUUUAUUAAUUAAGUGGGUUAUUUUAAAUACAUUAAAACAAAUUUAAUCUUAUACUAGCUGCCCGUGUACCCGGCUGGUAGUCUGUAGAUGUAAUAAUAAUAUAUUUUUAAUUAUCACAACAAAUAAAUUUACACCGAUAAAAAGAAGCUUCUAAAAUCUUAACCUAAAAUAUUUCACAACUAUUCGGUAAAAAUGAAACUCUUGGGUUUACUAAUAUCAUUUGGAUUGAUAAGUGUUUUGGUAGCUGAUGAUCAGAAGGAAUAUUAUAGCUUAGUUAUAAACACAAGCAAACAAAUAGAAAAAGCAUAUAAUGCAGGGAAGUUGCCAAAAGUUAUGAUGCAGUUUGCUAAGACAAAAACAUAUCCAAUGCAUUACUUUUUUUUUAUGUUUAUUUCCAUACCGGAGUGGCGACCCUAUAGCCCACCAAUAAAGAAGGAAAUCCAGCUUGAAGCGCAAAAAUUAAUUGAGAAAGCGACUGGUAUCAAAGCACCUAACGAAGCCGAAGCCUUGUACGGUCCGGGCUUUAAGCUCUCAGACUAUGAGGAUAUAAGAAGAAAGUAUGUAACAAAAGAAGUUAUCAAACACAUACUCAAAAUUGAAAUGGCUAAAGAUGCAGAUGAAGCAAAGCCAAUAAAAUAUUUCCGGGAUUAUCCGGAAACGUGCCGUUUCAUAGCAAUGUUCAGAAGUCUUAAAAACCCUAAUGAAUAUAUUGUUGAAGCUGUUAUUGCGGGCGUGAACUUUAUUUGUACUCUAACAGAUGUAACAGGGAAUAAAUUCAAAUACAGAUCCCUUGGAGGCAUUAUUUGGAGAGAUAAGCCUGAUAUUAUGAAGGCAGACGUGACACUAGCAUCUGAGUUAGAUUAAUUUGGAACAGGAGUUAUAAGCAUACAUUUUUUUAGAGCACUAUUGGUAUUACAUUUAAAUAUUUUUUGUAUACUGCACUAAUAUUUACGUUGUCAAUAAAUUAAAUGUAUUCAAUAAUAAAGAGUUUUAAUCACUACUAUAAA